GACUGCGAGAAAGAGUUGCAACUUUCGCACUUGCACGAGACUAAACUAGUCCCAACUAGUCCGAACUGUUACGGCCCCCCCGCAAAAUCCUAGCAAAGAAAGAAACAUACAUGUUACAUCCGGGCGCUGCUGUAACGCUCAUUCCCAACGGGAUCCAUCGUUCAGCUAGCCAUCGUCGCUUGCUCCCCUCAUGCUGGCAUGCAAAUUCUCGGCUCUUCUCCGUUGCUUAUGCCAAUCGCAGCGAGAAUGGAGACCACGCUGUCAUGCACAGUAGUCGCUAUGCACGUUGGAUCAGAUCAACUGCAUGUCGCUACGGAAUGCCCGGUGGCCUUUUCCCUAAUCUUACUAACAACACACCAAACAGUAUACCUAAUCCGGAUCGGGUGGCUUUGGUGCUUGUGCAUCGAUCGCAUCGUUGGCAAAUUAGCAAUUUACCAAGGUGCAGACGGGAUGAGCCUCCACCCCCAUCGCUGGUCCGGCCUCGUCCGUGGAUCAACUGAAACAAAGCCAUUAUCAUGGCUUGGGUUCGAAUUUCAUUUGACUUGACUUUGUCUGUGUCUAACCACUGUAACCAGUACCACCGUCGGGAUCUACCGUUGAUCAACCUCCCCAAACAUAGCUAUCUACUCGUCAAUGACACCAUGGUGGAUAUGUUAAGGUUCAAAUGUUGUGCG